AUGUCAACAAGCUUAGAAAAGAGAACAUUCCAAAGUACCGAUAUGAUCCAAGACGAUCACCAACAAGAAGCUUCUCAUUAUCCACAACAACAACAUCAACAACGCUAUGAAAAUUCAUUGGAAGGAAGCACUUUGGAGGAAACUAAUGAAGGUGGAAAUCAUUCUUUUGAAACUCAACAAGGAUCAUCAGCCUCAGGUGGAGCAGCUGCAGAUUAUUUGGAUCCUAAUAUGCAACAUGCUAGACAGAGACUCUCCGAGAUUCAUGAAAAGAUGGAAAGUGUAUUGAAUAAUUAUUUAGAACUUGUUGUAUUGGGAAGUGAAGCAAGUGGCAAGUCAUCAAUUAUUCAUCAAUACAUUUCCAAACAAUUUACAGAAGAAUAUGUUCCUACAGUAACUGAACACUACUACAAAACUAUUUAUUUUGAUAAUGAUAGUAUUACAUUAAAUAUUAAUGAAUGUGGAGGUAGAAGUGAAUUUAAACAAUUGCAACAUCAAUUUAUUGCUGAUGGAAAUGCUUUCUUGAUUGUUUGUAGUGUUCUUGAUGAUCCUGAACAAUGUCAAUCAAUGAUUGAUGAAAUUGUCAAUCAAAUUAACAAUAGAUCAUCAACAAAUCUUGAUAAUCAACAAUCAAUUGGUAAUGUUGAUCAAACACCAAUUGUUAUCAUUCUCAAUAAGAGUGAUAUUUUAGAAUCACAAGAAAAGUAUUUGGAUAUUCUUGAUGAAGAAGAUAUGCAAAAGGCAAGAUCAGUUCACUCUCUUGUUGAAAAGAAAGCUUUACAAUAUAAAUUGCCUUUCGUUUCUUGUAAUGCUAGGGAUUUCAAUCAAGUGAAUGACAUUUUCAAUAUUUACUUAUUGAAAGAAUUGAUGAAGAAACAAAAACCAAUUGAAACAACAAAAAUUGUUCAAAAUGUUGAUGUUGAAAAUCAAUUGAAACAAUAUGCCAGAGAAAAUAAGCAAGAUUUACUUCUUGACUUGUUGUCCACUAAUAGACCUACUGAAGAAUGCUUUAAAAAGUUACUUUUCAUCUCAAUUUUACAUGAAGAUGCUUCCUUGUUGGGAGAAUUGAUUCAUAUCAAUAAGAAGGAUCAUUUUGUAAAGGAAGAAUUGUCUAGAAUUGAAAUGCUUGUCGAUGAAGAAUCCCAUUUCAAAGCCAAUCUUUUACUCUUUGCAUUGAUGGAAAACAAUAGAAAAGCCUACAAGUUAUUGAAAGAAGAAGGAUUGAGAUUGAAAGCUUCAAAGCUUCCAAAACAACAAAAUCUCUUGCUCAUUGUUUUGCAAUCUUUGGAAGUUGACCAAGGCGGAGAAGAUGAAGGUUUGGAUUUCUCAUCAGAUUCCGAAAACUAUUCACAUGAAAGAGAUGUUUAUUUGACUGAUUUGGCACUUGAAAUUUUCUCUGAACAAGAAAAGGAACUCUCUGCCUACGUCAAUGAUCCAUGUGUUAUUGAGGAUGAAGUAAGAUAUCCACUCCACUAUGCAAUUGAUUUGAAGAGUUAUCUCAUUGCUGAAUGGUUAUUGAGACAUAAUGCUAAUGUUGAUGUUAGAGAUUUCAGUGGAAGAACUCCACUUCAUAGAGCUAUUGAAUCUGGGCAAGUCAAGUUGGCUAGAUUAUUGUUAAACGCCAAGGCCAAUCAUCAAUUGACUGUCAAGGCAGAAUCUCCACGUUUUGUUGAAAAGUCCAUCGAUAGAAUUAUUAGUGAGGAAUGUCCAUCAUCUUUAAAGGAAAAGAUUAUUGCUCUUCUUACUAGUUUCGGAUACCAAGCAACUCCAUCAGAUGCUAAACUUAUUGAAUUGACUUCACCAAAAGUUGCAACUCCAUCAAAGAUUGAAAAGAAUGUUUCCUUCUUUAAGAAUUUACUCAAGUUCACCUUCACAACAGGUAAACAAGAAGGUGUCUCAUAUAUCAAUGACUUGUCCUAUUCAUUCAUUUUGGGAGAUUCUACUGAUUAUACAUCUAAAUUGGACAACACAAAUAUUGUCAAUGGAAAUCAACAUGUCACUCUUCUCUUCCAAUCAAAGAAAUUAAGCUCUACUGUCAAGGUUGAAGUUAGUGGCUCUGGUGACAUUACCGUCACAAAGGCAUUGCCAGACGAAAUUGAAGUUUUUGUUGGAGGUCCACCGCUUGUAGGAAAAUCAAGAUUGCUCAACAAUUAUGUUCAAGGAACUAUUACUGAGCAAGAUCCAAACUCUGAGGAAGAACUCUAUUUGAAGGAAUUGAAAGUUUAUGAUCAAGUUGUUAAAGUGAACUUGUUGGACAUGAAUGGAGAUGAUGAAGAAUAUCUAGAUGAAAGAAUCUUUAGUUCUAAUGCAUUUGUUCUCGUUUGUUCCGAAGAGCAAAAGAAUUCCAUUGUUGCCAUCAAUGAGCUCAUCGAAGAAAUUUUGUUUGUUAAGAGAGUUGAUAUUUCACAAAUACCAAUUGUUAUUGUACAAAAUAGAAGUGGAAAUUCCACUGACCACAGCUUGGAAGAAAGAGCUAAACAACUUAAUGUACCAUAUUGUUAUGUUUCUGCAAAGAGUAAUGAUGAGCUUGCUAAUCUCUUUGAAAAUGUACUGAUAAGACAACUCAUUCAAAAACAAUCCCCACUCAAGCAGUUCUACUAA